AUGGCCGUCUACAACGAUCUACAGCCUUACUACCAGAGAGUCGACUUCUUCCACGAUCCGAUAUUCAAGACGUGGGUCUCGUACAUGAAUGCGUUUGUCUCUAAAAAUUCUUGCAAAUCAGACGAGCUGUUUUCGGAAUUAAGUAGCGCCUUCGAGGGUGUGGCUUUUUCUCGGAUUCUUACAGUAGCCACCAAGUUCCCUAAUAUGGAGAGUACUGCAACCAAGCUGCGGUAUGAGAAGGCUUCGACAAUUUUAGCUAGCAAAGAAUCGCCGGAGAAGAUAUUCCAGCUACUAGCACUUGACGAUGUCGAGAAGAAAUUACUCAGCGACACUCUGUUCCACAAGUGGAUGCGUUACCAGGACAGUUUUAACAAGGCCAAUCCGAGGCAUCAAGAGUCGGGGGCUAACACGCUCCGUGUUAAUUACAACUGGGGUGGGAUAGAGAUAAUUAUCGAGACAGGAAGACAGAAUCCGAGUACAAGAGAGAUGGCUGAAAAAGUGGAGGAUGCGUUUCACAACUACUGGCUGACUACUAAGACGACGCCUAAGGUAGCCUUACGCUUCCUGUAUCUCCACGAGAUUGGUGAAAAAACUCUCGUUAACCCAAAAUUCAGCACGUGGGUAAAGUACCUGGAUAACUUCAACGAUCGAUACCCUGGAGAGAAGACAACAGUGAUCGACGGUCUCAAGGCUCACUACGGCGACAGAGCUCUACUCCAGAUGUUAAACGCUGCGAAGGAAGAUCCCAGCACGAAGAAACUCGUCACUGAUCUACAGAGUGCUCUAAUCCUCAAGUGGCGAGAUGCGAAGCAGACACCAGAAAAGCUUACGAGUAUGCUCGAUGGCGUGCCAAACUCCCGUGAAAUGAUUGAUCGAUACACCACGCUAAUAUCGGGGACGAAAACAACCACUUAA